UGUUGCAAUACCAGUUUCGAAUCUCAUCAGAUACGAUGACGAUAAAAGAUAGGGAUGAAAUGAAACGUUCACAUUCUGCCUCUAGGAAGGCCUGUGAUGAUGAUUAUAGUGAAUAUACGCAGUCUAGCUACACUCAGGAUAAAGGGAAAGGUAGAUUGAGAUCAGAAGAUGAUUCCAAAGUUGUCGGCGAACAGGAAAACAGAAAUCUUUGUAUUAGACACAAGAAUAUGGCAGAUGAGGGUACCUCAGCUGAAUUACAAGAGGCACUCGACCAAUUGCCACUAAACCAGCGAUCAGCUGUUACCUCGAUUUGGUCCUCAUUCUCGGCUGCAAGCGGUCCACUUAGGGUCCUCAUAUUGAAGGGUAUCCUCCAGACUUGCUGCUUCUCGCAACUCAGCUACCUCUAUGAAGAACUAGGGAAUCUGAUAAGAAUAGACCCGUUUGUUCUAUUGCCACGUGAAAUAAAUCUAAAAAUAAUGGGCUAUUUGGAUGCAAUUUCGCUAGCAAGAGCCGCACAAGUCAGUCGUAGCUGGAAGAAUCUCGCAGAUGACGAUCUAUUAUGGCGAAACAUGUGUGAGCAACACAUAGAGCGCAAAUGUGAGAAAUGUGGUUGGGGUUUACCUCUCCUUGAGAAGAGACGCAAGCAGCAGAAAGAACCAAACACAAAAGUAGGCAGCGCAAAAAGAGCUCUUUUGGCCAGUCACACCGCACAUCUAGCUAUGCAUGAUAAUCCAAGCGCCAAUUCGAAUAAUUCCCAACCAAUGGAGAUUGACGAGGAUAGGCCGAUCAAGAGACAAAGAUCUGCAAGGACCUCACCAGUCAAUUCCCCUCAACCGUCACGACCAGUUUCACCAACUAAUUCACUACGUCAGAAAGCCUCUACCAUGUCUGUCAGCUCUUCUAAACCUCUCACCAGGCCCUGGAAAGCUGUCUACACCGAAAGGUUGCUUAUUGAACGUAAUUGGAGAAGGGGUACCCAUACAGUACAAACAUUAUCUGGACAUACAGAAGGUGUCAUGUGUUUGCAAUUCGACGAGAACGCACAUCCUGUACCUACACUCAUAACUGGUUCGUACGAUCGAACUGCCAGAGUAUGGAAUCUAGACACUGGGGAGGAAUUAGGUGUUUUAAGAGGUCAUACUAGGGGUAUACGUACGCUUAAGUUUGACGAAGCGAAACUCAUCACUGGUAGUAUGGAUAGAACACUUAAGAUAUGGAAUUGGAGAACAGGUGAAUGUAUUCGCACGCUUGAAGGACACAGGGAGGGUGUUGUUUGUCUCGACUUUGACAAAACGGUAUUAGCUUCAGGAUCAGCAGAUGCGACAGUUAAAGUUUGGAAAUUCAAGACAGCGGAGUGCUUUACUUUGCGAGGACAUAGAGAUUGGGUUAACUCAGUUCAAAUAUGGGAUGGACAAACUUCCACAAGCUCAUGCACAGGACCAUCAACACCUGAAAUUGAACAAUUGAGAGAAUCUCAGAAGAUUCUUUUCAGUGCUUCAGAUGAUGGAUGCAUUAAAAUGUGGAGUCUCGGUACGAAAGAGUGUUUGCGUAAUUUUGACAGUCAUGUUGGACAAGUGCAAGACAUAAAGAUGAUACUCGUCGAUUCAAAAACACUCCAAGUCGCGCAAAACCAAGAGGAAGAUGGAUCUAAACCAAAAUUCCAACGAGUUUUAGAUACCAAUGAAAGUGGCUCAUUACAAUUAUUCAGAAAUGCCAGUAAUAUGAACGAUGAUGCAUCAAUACAAUCACCGUCAGUGAACAAAGUUGACAAAAUAUUGAGUGAAUCUACAUCAGAAACUGUACCUAUGUUGGUAUCUGGUGCUCUUGACAAUACUGUUAAAUUGUGGGAUGUCAAUAAUGGUACCUGUGCACGUACGCUCUUUGGACAUAUUGAAGGAAUUUGGUCGAUUGAUGCAGAUAGACUACGAAUAGUUUCAACAUCCCACGAUCGAGCCGUUAAAGUAUGGGAUACAGAUACAGGAAAAUGUUUAGCAACUUUAGUUGGUCACGCAGGUGCUGUAACAGCAGUGCAACUCUCAGGUGAUAAGAUAGUAACAGCUGGCGACGACCGCGAUAUCCGUAUAUAUUCAUUUGCAGCACCAGAAUAAAAGUUCAAGUAAUUUAUAAUAAAUGAAAUUGUAAGAGAAGUACAAACUAAAUUUUCAUUGGUAUAAUAAUAAAUAUAACAAAUUUACACGUAAUAAUGAUAACAUGUUGACUAAAACACAUAGCUAAAAGUAUAAGAGUUGAAUUAAAGUUUCGUAAAGUCGUAACGUAAUUUUAAUAAAUAAACCAAUUGGUAAUUGUAACUGAAAGAGUGAAAUGAGCAUGAGUAUAAAAGAAGUGUGAUCUUCUUUAGAUUGAAGCACGUGGUCUUUUGUUAGAAACACUAACGUAUUUCUUUUCGACGCUUGAGUGAAAUUGUGCCAGAUAGUCAAGACAAAAGUCAAAUUCUCUCGAUUCUGAAAGUGACUCUUUCCUCUCCCUGUCCGUAUCACCUUGGAUUUCAAGCCAAGUCUUUGUAGACAUGACGCUGGAAUUACACAAAUCAGCGCCAUAUUCAAAGUUCUUGAUGUGUGAAAGUGGAUGUGGACAAUCAAUCUUAUCCCAUGGACCGACAUUCAAACGUAGUGCAGUUAAGUGAAGUUCAACCCAAGCUUUUCUACGUCUCUUUUCACGUUCAUAAGCUCUAUUAGCACGAAUUUGUUGAUUAAGUUCGCAUUCGUAGGGACCACCCCAGUGCAUUUUGAAGCAAUGGUCACAACGUGGUGUCUUACCAUUGUUUUGAGCAGUGUUUCCAUUCUUUUGGUUUUGCAUACUAAGGUUGUUAGUAAACUCUACAGGAUUUGUUUGCUUGUAGAGUUUUCUAGCUUCUUUGAGUAAUUCUAAAGCUUGUUGACGAGCUUCUGAACGUGCGCCAGAGAUAGACAACGACCAGCGCGCCUUAACUUUUCUCAAUCUCUCGCUAAGAGAAUCUGGGUAUCUUUCCUCUUGAAGUAUUUCAUAGUUUAAUCUUUCUGCACUGUUGUAUUCAACUUCUACGAAAUACUCGCCAAGACGUCUCCAUACUGUCUUGUCCUCUGACAUCUUCCUUCUCUCGACUUGUGCAUCAUAUUUUAUCAUCUUAGCAGUAGCAUUUGUGGUGUCAACCAAAACAGAUUGGUCAGCCUUCGUGGAAGGGCUCAAGCUGCAUGAUGAACUUAAAUUAGGUUUAGAAAACUUUUCUGAGAGAAGUUUUAUCGGACUAAAUGCAGAGUUUGAUGAGGAUAUCGAUGAUGGGCGAUUAGGUAAAGAGCCAAAUGAUGACUUGCGCUUUUGCUGUGUUGUUACAGGUGUUGGUGUCGUUGUCGCAGUUGUGGCGGAUGUUGACAAAGCUGGUAUUGAUGGUACUGAGAAAGUUCUGAGUAAAUUGUAGAACAUGUUUGGCUCAGACUUCGUAAAUUGCUGGUCCAUCUCAUCGUUAUUAAGUUUGCGACACCAUACACUUGGUGGUUUACUAUUUUUCCGCUGCGGCUGUUCGGUUGUUUGAGUAACACAUGGGAGGGAAGAGCUAAGUGUAAGCUCUGCAGGUGCUUUCUUGCUUGUUUUCUGUGGUGCAGAGUAUGAAAUUGUUGAUCUGCUUGUUGAUGGCACUGGUUUUGAUAUGAUGAAAGACAGAUGUGGCUCAUCUGCUAUCUCGUCUGAUUGAUUUUCUUCAAUUUCCUCAUAUUCAUCUGUUUUAUCUGAUUUGUCAGAUAUGCUGGUCAUAGAGGUCGACAAGAUUGUUUGUGUACGCUUGACAGGACUGUUUGAUUGCUGCGAGUACUGAUCAUCGUCUGAGUCUUCAAAUACAGCAGGUAGUGAAUUGCCUUUUAUUCCUGCCUUACUCAAGUGUAAAGCUAUCAGCGAAAUCUCAGGUUUGGGUCUUAUAUCGUAACUGCAGCUCAUUGUUGUGAUCUUAAAAGCCUUAUUGUGAAAUAUCAAAAGUUUGUUGUAACGG